CAAAACAUGCAAUUCUUGAACGGAGACCAGUACAGACUCUUUAUUUUGCUUAUAAUAUACAUAAUCCAAGGAAUUCCUGUCGGAUUCUUGCUAGGUACAAUGAGAAUAAUACUAAAGAAGCAUUACUCUUACACGGAUGUAGGGAUCCUUACCUUCUCCUCGAUUCCUUUCAAGAUCAAGUUCUUGAUGGCUCCUGUUGUGGAUUCUGUGUACUGGAGUUCUCUUGGUAAGAGAAGGACCUGGAUUAUCCCAACUCAGCUUCUAGCAGCAAUAUUCUUUGUGACGAUGGACAUUGAUAUGAUUGUGACAAAUUACUCUGUCUACGUAGUUACUUUUGCCUUCGGAGUAAUUUUCUUGUGUUUAGCACUCCAAGAUAUUGCUGCUGACGCAUGGGCAGUAACUAUUGUGAAGGAAGAGAGUCUUGGAUACUCUUGAACAGCUCAAAACGUUGGGCUUUCUAUGGGGUCGUUUAUUUCAACUACUGUGUACUUAGCAUUUAACUCUACUUCGUUCUGUAAUUCCUAUAUAAGGCCUUGGUAUGUUGAGCCUGAAUUAUUGAGUUUGGAAGAAGGACUUUACUCUCAACCAAUUCUUAAUGAAACCAAUUUCAUGUAUGGUUGGGGGAUCUUUACACUACUUGCAUCUCUCUACAUUCUAGCUUUCCAUAACGAGAAGGAUGAUAGAGUUAAAUCUGAGAAUAAGCAAACUCUUAGUGUUUACGAAACAUUUAAGCUUGCAAUCAAACUAAUUGUGAACAAAAACAUGUUGUAUUUAAUUUUCUUCUGGGUGGUCACAAAGUUAUUUCUAGAAUUUUCCAAUGCAUCGAAUUUGUAUCUGUUAGAGGAGAAAAGAUAUGACCAAGCCAAGUACUCCAUGAUUAGUGGAAUUUCUUUUCCUGUAAGAAUAAUAACCUUUGCUUUGGUUACAAAGAAGGUGUAUGAUAAUCCAUUCAAGGCCGGCUAUUUCAUCUUAUUUGCCAAAGUUAUCAUUGACUUACUAUCAGUGAACCUCCUUCUGUGGAACUAUGAUGCAAUUCAAGAGUAUGACUCUCGAAUAUUUGACAUUAGCUUGGUUUUAGUGACAAUCUCAGAGGCAAUAAUAUUUGCAGUAACUUUCAGCGCGACUGGUGCAACUUACAACAAAAUGUGCACACCUCUUUAUGCUGGGACUCAUAUAACGAUCUUUACAUCCAUAUCGAACUUAUCUCGGAUGGUGCCUGUUCUGUAUAGUUACAAAUUGAUAGAUGCUUACGGGCUGUUCUAUCCGACUUUGUUAGGAAGCCUGGCAACACUUGUUAUACUCUUACUAGUGAAGCCAAUUGUAGGUAUUUUGGAGAAAACGAAACGAGAGGAUUUUGAUGUGGAAGAAAAGGUUGAAAACAAGGAAAAGGAGGAAUAAUUAGAUGAAAAUAAUGUUUUCAGAGGUGUUG